AUUAUUGUCCAUUGCAUAAUAUAAUCAGAUAACUCAACAACAAAGAGAUCAUGAAACCUAACACAUUCAUAUGGAAGAUAGGAUCGCGUGGGACUUCCGCACGAGCACUUACACAACGGCUCGUAUAAAACAAUCACUAGCCGUGCCGUAGUACUAGUCAUAAAAUUGAGACAUAUAUGGAAAGAGAAGGAUAGAAGUUGUGGAGGAGGUUGCAUAUUUACGAAAGGACAUGGCAGGCGCAGGCAAUCCACACGCGUGGGGGAUCCAUAUUUAUUUGAAUUAAGAAAAUGGAAAAUGGAAAAAGGAAAAAGGAGAAAAAGAGUUGUUAUGGAAAUCGCGGGUUUUUCUCUGGUUUUGGAGGGCAAAUGAAUGCCUCAACAUUUCCAUUCAAAUCUCCCCAAAUUUCUCCAUCCCCAAAACUCCUCUAUUCUCUCUCUUUCUGUGUCGUUCCGUUCCCCCAACAUUUUGCUGUAUGGCGUCUUCUAUUAUUAUUAUUGUUCUAAUUUUCUUCUUCCUCCCACCUCAUUCCCCAAUUCACUCCCUCUCCUCCACUCCUCGCCGGGUCCUUCAAUAGUCUUGGAGGGCCCAUCUCCAUGACAACAGCAAUCGCAUCUCCGAUCCGCGAUUCAUCUCCACCACCGUUGUUGUUCUGAUUCCUUUUCUUUUUCCCUUCUCUCCAUCUCUCGAUCCGAUCCAGGGAAUCAAACCAAAACCUAGAAAGCAACGAUGAGCUGCUUCCCGUGCUUCUCCUCGCAGAAGAGCAAGAAAGGGAUCGACAAGAACCAUGACAGCCCCUCCGCCUCCGCCGCCCACCGCUCCCCUCCCCCCGCCAAGCCCCCUGCUCCAGAAGUGAAUAAUAAACCAAAACCUGCUGAGGAAAUCAAGGAGAAAGCACCAGAAGGUGAGAAAAUAGAUGCCCAGACCUUCACAUUUCGAGAGUUGGCCACUGCUACAAAGAACUUCCGCCAGGAAUGUCUUCUGGGUGAAGGUGGGUUUGGGAAAGUCUUUAAGGCUACCCUCCAAUCAACUGGCCAGGUGGUGGCUGUGAAGCAACUUGACAGAAAUGGACUGCAAGGAAACAAGGAGUUUCUUGGUGAGGUUAAGGCAUUGAGCCUUCUAACCCACGAAAAUCUUGUGAAGUUCAAUGGGUAUUGUGCAGAUGGAGAUCAAAGGAUUUUGGUCUAUGAAUACAUGCCAGGAGGUUCUUUGGAAGAUUGUCUCUUUGACACAAAAACCGAACGGAAGCCAAUGGAUUGGUUUGUUCGCAUAAAGAUAGCAUCAGGAGUAGCAAAAGGAUUGGAGUACCUGCAUGACCAGACGGAUCCUCCCAUUAUAUUUCGUGAUUUGAAGUCCUCAAACAUCUUGCUGGAUGAGGAAUUCAAUCCGAAGCUUUCUGAUUUCGGGCUCGCGAAGCUCGGCCCCGGAGGCGACAAGACGCCGCUGCCGUCAAGGGUCAUGGGCACCUACGGCUACUCUGCUCCUGAAUACACAAGAAGUGGUCAGCUGACUUUGAAGUCGGAUAUAUACAGCUUUGGAGUUGUGAUGCUUGAACUCAUCACUGGAAGAAAAGCCAUUGACACUACAAAGCCAAAUAAUGAGCAGAAUCUUGUUACUUGGGCACAGCCAUUUUUCCGAGAUCCGAAGAAAUUUCCCGACCUGGCAGAUCCACAACUGGGGCGGUUGUUCCCGGAGAAAGAUUUGAAUCAGGCCGUGGCCGUCGCCGCCAUGUGUCUGCAAGAGGAAGCCGAAGUCCGUCCUCUGAUCGGCGACGUCGUCACGGCUCUCAGCUUCCUCUCCACAACUCCUGACGAGAAUCUCCGUCCCCUCCCCUAUCCGGCGGAGCCAGAGGAGGACGGUUCCUCCUCGGAAUCUUCCGACUCGUCGGACGACGAAUCGCGCAAAAUCCGGAAGGACAAAGACGGCGCAUCUGCAAAUUUCACAAGCGCAAGAAACCACGAAACCGACUCCUCAGACGACGAGGAAGAAGAAGAAAUCGAAGAACAAGAAACCAAUUCAACCUACCAACAGAAACCUAAGAACAAAAGCGGAGGCAAGGAAUCUGAACCGAAGCGCGUGGUGUUCAAAGACGACGUGCAGCAAAAUCACGGCAGAAAAGCGAGCUCCUCAUCGAGCGACGGAGGAUCUUCUCCGAGCCCUAGAAACAGCAACGCAUCGGAAGACAGAAGAAUCAUGAGCCGUGAAAGUAGCAGAGAUUCAGAAGGAGGAGAUGAUUCAUCGUUACAUCUGAAAAUCAAAGCUUCGGAGGAUGUAAAUAAUACCGUUUCCUUAGACCAUAACAGCAGUAGGGGAUCUCGUUCUGCCUACAGCAGCAGCGACAGCGAGAGCUAACCUGAACUGUGACAAUGGCGAUGGAAGAGAAGAACAAGGGCUUUUUUCGGAGAGCAUCUGGCUAUGGCGAUGGCGAUGGCGAUGGCGAUGGCGACGGCGAUAAUUUGUGGGGGCAAAACCAUAAAAAGUAACAACCAGAGGGGGAAUAUUUCUAAUUUUCUUUUCUCGAGGUGGCAAAAUGCUAUUUUAACUAGUAGCUUGAGCUUGGAGUGUUUUAAAAAAUCUCACUCUUUAUUUCA